AUGCCAUCCUCCCCCAUUCAUCGCGCGCAUGCAUCUAUCAGCGAACACGAGGUGGUCCACUUGAGCCCCGACAUCACUGUCGUGCACCCGGGAGCGAGGCGCGCAGAUGGUCACGCCGACAAUCCAGCGCUGGUACUGCUCUUUGGAUGGACGGCCGCCCCCGAAUCCCCGUUGCAGAAGUACGUUGAGGGUCACACCUCCGUGUUCCCUGCCGCCACCGUAGUAGUCGUGAGGGUCCACGCAGGUUUCUUCUUCAGAAGUAUCAAAGCUCGAGAAGCGGUGUUGCAGCCGCUCUUGGAUUAUCUUACGGAGCGAUUCUAUGAUCAGACUAAGAAGCCAGCUGGAGGUGUUCUGAUACACGCCUUAUCAAAUGGCGGUGCCCUCCAACUCAUGACUCUACACGGCAUGCUGCGGCGACGCUUCCCUCCCAAAGGCCAGGAUAUAGCCACUUUAACCAAGUUUCCAGUCGCAUUGGUCGUCGACUCCGCUCCAGGCGACAGCCAAUACGCAUCCAUGCUCUCGUUCUUCACCAUCCCGAUGCGCACUCGCAUCGCCCGCCUCGCGACCACCGCCGCCUUCUCCCUCGCCUACGUCGUCUACGCCAGCAUCACCACCGCGCUCGGCGUCGACUUCUUCGCGGAGAUGCAUGCGUUCAUGGCGGAGACGAGUGUGCUUCCGGGCCGCGUUGGCGCGACGCCGCGCCUGUACGUGUACUCCGACAACGACGAGAUGGUGCGCGCUAAGGUCGUCGAGGAGCAUGUGAGAAGGGUCAGAGGGUUGGGGUACACAGUUCGCGUCGAGAAGUUCGUGGGGAGCCGGCAUGUGCAACAUGCACGCAGCGAUCCGGACCGCUAUUGGGGAGCUAUCAGAGAAACUUGGUCCGAAGCCUGUAAAUGGGGUACUCAAGCCCGCCUGUAG